AUGAGGCCCAAGGCAGACAGCGGUGCCUUCCUGCUGCUUUUCCUGCUCGUGCUCACCGUCACCGAGCCGCUGCGGCCAGAGCUGCGGUGCAACCCCGGGCAGUUUGCCUGUCGCAGUGGGGCCAUCCAGUGCAUCCCCCUCCCCUGGCAGUGCGACGGCUGGGCCACUUGUGAGGAUGACAGCGACGAAGCCGACUGUCCAGAAGUGACCGGGGAGGCUCGUCCUUACCAUGGGAAGGAGGCCGUGGAUCCGCGGCAGGGACGGGCCCGGGGCGGCGACCCCACGCACUUCCACGCGGUGAACAUGGCACAGCCCGUUCGCUUCAGCAGUUUCCUAGGGAAGUGCCCGACAGGCUGGCACCAUUAUGAAGGCACGGCCAGCUGCUACCGGGUGUACCUGAGUGGGGAGAACUACUGGGACGCCGCGCAGACCUGCCAGCGCGUGAACGGCUCCCUCGCCACCUUCUCCACCGACCAGGAGCUGCGCUUCGUGUUGGCUCAGGAAUGGGACCAGCCGGAGCGGAGCUUUGGCUGGAAAGACCAACGCAAGUUGUGGGUCGGCUACCAGUACGUCAUCACCAGCCGGAACCACUCCUUGGAGGGUCGCUGGGAGGUCGCGUUCAAAGGUUCCUCAGAGGUGUUCCUGCCCCCAGACCCGAUCUUUGCCUCUGCCAUGGCUGAGGAUGAAAACGUGCUGUGUGCCCAGUUGCAGUGCUUUCACUUCCCCACUCUGAGGCACCACGACCUACACAGCUGGCAUGCUGAAAACUGCUAUGAGAAGUCUUCAUUUCUCUGUAAAAGAAGUCAGACAUGUGUUGACAUCAAGGACAAUGUUGUGGACGAGGGCUUUUCCUUCACUCCCAAAGGGGACGACCUGUGCCUGAGCUGUACCUGCCAUGGUGGGGAGCCAGAGAUGUGCGUGGCUGCCCUCUGUGAGCGGCCCCAGGGCUGCCAGCAGUACCUGAAGGACCCCAAGGAGUGCUGCAAGUUCAUGUGUCUGGAUCCAGACGGCAGCAGCCUGUUCGACUCCAUGGCCAGCGGCAUGCGCCUCAUCGUCAGCUGCAUUUCCUCCUUCCUCAUCCUGUCGCUGCUGCUUUUCAUGGUCCAUCGGCUGCGCCAGCGGCGACGUGAGCGCAUCGAGUCGCUGAUCGGAGCAAACCUGCACCACUUCAACCUCGGCCGCAGGGUCCCCGGCUUCGACUAUGGCCCGGAUGGCUUUGGCACUGGGCUCACUCCACUCCAUCUCUCCGAUGAUGGGGAAGGCGGGACUUUCCACUUCCACGACCCGCCCCCGCCCUACACAGCUUACAAGUACCCGGACAUUGACCAGCCUGAUGACCCACCGCCACCCUAUGAAGCCUCCAUCAACCCGGACAGUGUUUUCUAUGACCCUGCAGAUGACGAUGCCUUUGAGCCAGCAGAGGCCAGCCCAGCAGCCCCGGGGGACAGCAGCGGUGACGGGACUUCGCCCCGGCGCCUAGAGCGACCUGUGCCCUCCACGGGGGUCCCACUGGCCAACCUGGAAGACUCGGGGGACAGCAGCAGCGCCCUGCUGGCACCCCCCCCCCCUGCCCCGAGCGAGGGCGCCCCGUCCGCAGAGGCGCUGCGGGGAGGCGGGGGGCACAGCCCCAGCUCCCUCAACACGGUGGUGUAG